AGACUGAGGAGUGUGGGAGACCUGACGCCAGAGUUCUCGAGCUCGGGAUGGCCUGGAGGCGGUUGGAAGACUCCUCGGACCCUCCGAACCCAGAGAGGGAGGACUCGUUCUCCAGUGUAGGGUUCCGCGUCUCCAAUCGGAGGGAGGGAAACUGCUGAAGGGUGGGGCUGCGGGGACGCCUAGGUCCCCAGGCCCAGUGUAGGAGGCAGAGCUUCCCGGCAGGACUCCGCCCUGAGCCCAUCCCGGGCGGGGCCCCAGGCCCCCGGACCCUGGACUCGGGACCUGCCCUGACCUAGGGACCGUUACAGCCAUGGGAUCUCACGGCUCCCACCUCGAACGAGAGCCCGAAUUGGACUUGAUCCUAAAGGAGACCGGCUGUGAGUGGGACUGUUGCGGACCCAAGUGUCCGAGGCUCCUGGCUCCCUGAAGGGACUGAAGUUGGGCGUCGGGGCGGCGGCUGGGGUGGAGGGGCUGGGAUCAGCUCCCCAAGUAGGAGCCAGGAUAGGGCCCCAAACACAGGCUUCCCGGCUCCCUGCGGCCGCAGUCCCCAAGGCUGAAGGGGACUGGCACGGACGGCGGGGCGGGAUGGUCUCCCGGUCACCUUCCCCGAAGGCUUUGGAGAGAGUGGGGCGCCGGGCUGAGCCGGGGAAGCGGUCUGAUCUUUGAUCGUCCCCACCCUCAGCAGUCCCUGCCCCAGCUUCUCUGUCCCUGGUUUUCUGCUCCUGCAUCCUGAGGCGACCCUGAGCUCUGAGCCUGGAACAGUUUCUGCCCCCUCAGACCCUGACCCUGGCACCCCCAGUCUCUUGAGUCCUCAGUCCCAAACCUUGACUUUGGAUUCUAACCCUCCGACUCUGAUACCUGAGGCUCUAGUCUCCUGAGUCCGGAAUUCUGAGCCUUGAGUCUCUUCGGGCCACUCCGAUGCUCCCCCGACCCCCCCCCCCGCCCCCAGCACCCAACUCUGACUCUCUACCCUCUUUCCACUUUACAGUCUCCCGGGCCAACCUCAAUCGCCUCCAUCAUCGCUUCCGGUACUUGGACAGAAAUAAUAAGGGCUUUCUGAGUCGGAUGGAUCUACACAAUAUAAAAGAACUUGAACUGAACCCACUGGCAGAUCGGAUCAUCAACAGCUUUUUCCCGGAUGGGGCUCAGUGUGUGGAUUUCCGAGGCUUUGUCUGGGUCCUGGCUCAUUUUCGACCAUCGGAAGAAGAGGACUUGACUGUUGGGGAUCCCCACAAGCCCGAGCCUCUAAACAGCCGGAACAACAAACUGCGGUUUGCUUUUCAGCUGUAUGAUCUGGACUGUGAUGGAAAGAUCUCAAAGAAAGAGAUGUUACAGAUCUUGAGGUUGAUGGUUGGGGUCAAGGUGACAGAUGAGCAGCUAGAGGUCAUAGCCGCCCGGACAGUGCAAGAAGCUGAUGAGGAUGGGGAUGGAGCUCUGUCCUUUGCAGAGUUUGCCAAGUCCAUAGAGAAGCUGAACAUUGAACAAAGUAUGAGCAUCCGAAUCCUGAAGUGACCUCCUUCUCCACGAAGCAUCUUCCCCACCCCAGAGGAAUCCAUUUCCAACCCCCAGAGGUAUUCCCCUCCAUUCCUGGAAUGUACUCCUCACUAUUCCUGCUGGAAUCUAUUUUCAGGCCAUGGGGGAAUCUGCCACCAGACCUGGAAGAAUCCAUCUCCAAAGGGCUCUGCUUCUAUCCUUUUAGAGGGAUCUUGAAAAUCUUGUGGGGUUCCUUGGUUCCUGAAGGGAUUCACUGCCCCCAUUUGAAUUAAUUUAGCCCAAUCUAAAGAAUCCAUGCUGUACCACGGAAGGAACAUACUGCUCCUUCCUGAAAGGUCCACUUCCAAGGGUCUUCCGCCAUUUCGAGAAGGGUUCCCCACUGCCUUCCAAUAGGGUUCUCAGCACCUCACUCAGCUGGGUCUCCUUCAAACCCACUCCUCAUCACAUAGAGUUGCUUGCAAGCUCCCCUCCCCACCUCUCUGCCUUGCCCACCAUUUAAUCAGCAAGUUUGGAAGAGCCCUGGUCAGUAUGUGUCCAUGGCUCAAUAAACCCUAAAUGUUCCCCUGGAGUGGAAUCAAUGGCAGGAUGAAAAGAGAUCUGGGUGGGGGCUGUGUUCUUUGUUAUCUUCCCCGAGGUCCUUCUUGCCCAGCUCAGAGGGAGAUCCAGCAGCUUGUCCUCAGGUCCCAUAACCUGGGAGCUAAGGGAAAACAGACAGAUAGACAGACAGACAGACAGAUACACACAUAUCUCGAGAGAAGACAAACCUCAGGAGAACACAGAGGAAGCAGACUCAUUCAUGUGAAGAACCCUCAUUCCAGGACUGGAGGGGGCUUUGAGCAGGCUUCCUUCCUCAGGGCUAGGGUCUUCCUGGGCAGUGAUAUGGGGAGAAGCCCCAGGGGAGACCUCCAUGUCACAUGUUGGGGUGAGGCUAGGAAAGGUAAGGGGAUCCAGGUAGAGUUGGGAGAGCUGUGACUGAGUGGGGGUGGGGGAACAGAUGACAAGAGUGUAAUUGAUGUGAAAAAACCUUGUGGAGGGGUGUGUGUGUGUGGGGGGGGGGGGAUGGGGCAGGUUGGAUGAGUUGGCCAAAUAGGCCAAUGGUAGCUAGGUGGCUCCAGAGUGCACAGGGCACCAAGCCUGAAGGAAGAAAUGAGUUCAAAUUCAGCCUCAGGUACUGACUAGCUGCAUAACCCUGGACAAGUAAUUUAACCCUCUCAGUUUCUUCUUAUUUAGUAAAUACUAAAUACUAAAUAGUAAUUGUUUCUUUUCCGGCCAGGAACCCUGAGAGUCUUCCCCUCCCAAUUUGACUUUUUUUUUUUGAGUUUUGAUUAAAGGGGACAUUACUUGAUUAACUUCUUAAAGAGGCCUAUUCACUGUAGGUGUUACCUCACUCACAGUGAGCACCUGAAGGGACCUUAAUCUAAAAGGGCCAGGGAAUCCCAUUGCAUCCUGGGUCAUUUCCAGUCAUCCUGAUGAAUAUCUAGUCACUGGACCUAGAUGGCUCUGGAGGAGAAAGUGAGGCUGGUGAUCGUGUACUGCCCUCCCUCACUCAAAGAGAGGUCAUCCCCUUACCAACCUGGCUUUCCUUCAUGCUCCAGAUUAUCAAACCCUAUCAAUUUCCUUUCUUAACCAUAAUGCCAAGAAAUGGAGACAAGAUUCCAGAUCUGAACUCUGACGAGGACAGAGGGACUUCAGGCAGCUAGGUGACAACACAGUGUCAGGAAGAGGCAAGUUCAAAUCCAGUCUGAGACACUUACUAGUUCUGUGACCCUCAGCAAGUCACAACCUCUGUUCCCCUCCAUCUUCUCAGCUGUCAAAUGCGGAUAAUAAAAGCAUUGUAAUUCCUUCUUUC